AUGGUCCGAAUAGACGUUGGAGGCUUUCCUAACAUCAAUAUCGCUACCACAGAUGGCAAGGUCGACAUUGGCAAAACCAAGCAACAGAUCCGCCAGAGGAUGCGAGGAGGCGGCAGAUCUGUGCAUCUGAGCUGGAACACGACGACCCCGCGCCUUGUCCUGACAAGUGACACUGACGACUUCGACCCGACCAUCAUAUCCCAUUUCCAGCAGGAAGGCUUCCAGCUCAGUUACCUCGAGUACGAUGGGAACAAGCAGGAUUACAUGGCCAAACUGCAGCAUUUGCAGGACCCCCUAGAGCUGGGGGAGAAAUAUGCCAUAGUAGCAUACGGUGACGCCGCGACUCUCGUGUUGGAAGCAUGCAUGAGACCCAUGCCGAAGCUCGUCGCCGUCGUGGCCUACUACCCGGGCCACCCGCCCCGCUCGACAACCAAUUUCCCUCCAACGCUUCACGUGCAAAUUCACCUGGCCGCCACCCAGAAAUGGGACACCCGCUGGCCCUCGUAUCGCUAUGAAAACACCGAGCCCGGCUUCGCGGAGCACGACCUCGAAGAAUUCGACAAGAUUGGCGCCUCGCUAGCUUGGUCAAGAACCCUCUCCAUCCUCCGCACGGCCUUCGACAUCGACGGCCCCGACCUCGAGGCCAUCUGGGUCAACCACACGCGGCUCGAAUUUGCAGAGAAGGACGCGGACAAGACCAUGGCCACCAUGGUCGCGCAGCCCUACGUGAACCAUGUACCCACGAUGACAGGCGGGAUCGGGUACGAUCAGCUGCGCAGAUUCUACGCCGACUUCUUCAUCCCGAACAACCCGCCUGACAUGAGGAUCCGGCUCCUCAGCCGGACUGUGGGCGUUGAUCGCAUUGUGGACGAGAUGUUCGUCUCGUUUACGCACACGACGGAGAUUUCCUGGAUGUUGCCGGGCGUGCCGCCCACGAACAAGAAGGUGGAAGUCGUGCUGGUCAGUGUGGUUUGCAUCCGAGGCGGCAAGCUCUACCGCGAGCAUAUCCACUGGGAUCAGGCGACCGUGCUGGUGCAGGUCGGGCUGCUGGAUCCGAAGUACAUACCCAAGACGUUCAAGACCGCUGAGCAAGGUAGGGAAGAGGAAGUCGAGAGGCUGCCUGUCUGUGGGAGGGAGGCCGCCAGGAAGGUGUUGGAAGAGGACAGCUCGCAGAGCAAUGAAUUGAUUCCUGACUGGUGA